AUGGGACACCGAGAACUCACACCGGUCCAUGUGCCGCUUCGAACAUCGAGCCGCAGACCGGCCCAUGACCCAAUGAACACCCAGGAACAAUCACGAGCAGACCGGCGAACCUCGAAAGCCCAAAGAUUUUUCGGAACCGACAUAUCACUCCCCACGGAACAUGGCGGGUGGCAGGAGCCUCCGAAUGUACGCCGACCGAGCUUUGUUAAGCCAAAUAAUGCUCCUAGACAGAGCAGCGGCUUCGUUCCGUUUCCACGCUCUUCAGAGAAUACCUUGAUUCCCGAUCAAAACCUUCGCGUACGGGCUUCGUCGCCUCUAUUAGGCUAUGACUACCGAUCGCAGGAGGCCGCGCCGCCGCUUCCUAAGCCGUCGAAAAAGGUGCACCAUUCCGGUUCCUCCUCCACCCUUUUCUCCUAUUUCAGCUCGAAAGAAUCGUCCAAAUCACCCAAGAAUCAACUCCAGCCUAGAGUACGACACGGACUUGGCAGUGAGCCACAAGUGACAUAUACGCAGACCCCAGAUCCACCGAAGGAAUCCAAGCGCAAGAUGCGUCCUCCAAAAAUUGAUCUUUCCGUCUUGUUCCCGAAGCCACGGAAUCCCGCACCACAAACACUUCUAUCCCCGCACCGAAUGGUCAACUCCCCCUCUCCCGUCUCUACAGUUGCACCAGAGUCUUCUUCCAACAAGAUUGAAAGGAUGACCGGCGGUACGAGAAACUCUACGAGGAGACAUGUCGAUCCACCUCCUCGCCGAUCUUCGGUUACCAAGAAUGACCCACACAAGCAUGGCGUUGAUAAUUCGGAUUUGCUUUCAAUUGCGGAGAGCAAAAAUAGCGAAUGGUUGGAGCGACCACUCGAGCGAACAGUAGGAACGAGCGAGAUUGAUUUAGCCCUGGAUAGAUAUGCAGGGCGGCGAUCACUUUUCAGUCGCUCAAGCACGUAUACUACCAGCCGAGAGCAAUUGCAGCAAGAACAACAACGCCCCCAGGAAUCUCGGAAGAGCUCGAGACGUGGUCACAGCCCCUCUCGACCUAAGGAGACGUACUUGAGUCCUACCUCAUGUCCAGACCCAAAGCGUGGUCGCGGUUUAAGCACUUCCCAGGAGUCUUGGAAGACCACCGAGUCAAAAUCCAAGAGCGAGAAGAGCUCGCUGUCCAAGAAGAGCAGCAAAAGUACCUUGAAAAACAAAGAUCUGCGAAACACCAGUAUGCUUUGCCUGUCCUCUUCUUCAGAGGACGAGGGUGAUGAGGACCACACUCCAACCACCGAGUCAAAGCCCAAUGCGAGCAAGUCCAGAAGAGACAGUGUGGCUACUUAUGACGAAUACGAGCCCCAGAUCUAUACGGCUUCCACUGCCCACGCGACCAGCGCCACGGCGGUAAGACGCUUUGACCGGGCACCCUCGACUAGCACCCGGGGGUCCCGCCAACCCGAAAAGAGCCAGCCGGUGCCGGCGGCUCGCCCGCGAAAGGUUUCUCAACCCUCGAGUGCCAAGUCUUCCCAGAUAACUGGACGAACUACGCAGACUCCCCGUUCGAGUGGAGUUCCCACUAUCCCGGAUGAGAUCCUGGCGCAAUUCCCGCAGCAGCCUCUCCGAUCCCCCGCAGAGCUGAAAGAGUUGAACCGGAGGAGUCGUGUGAUCGCGGUGACCCGCCAAGAGCAAGAUCUCCUGGAGGCGAUGCGUAUUCGAAAGGGCAAGGUCACACCCAGUUUGUUCAAUGCUCACGGAGCGGACCGAAGAUCACUAGCUUCUGGCCCAUCCCGCGAUUCAUUCUGCGGAUCCGACACCUCAUUCUUGCGUCUCAGCAAUGUUUUCCCGCCGUUCGACGUCCGAUCAGAAAAGGGUGCUACCCAAUACAAAGAUGGAACGCCUUCCCAAAGCUCGGGUUCGGAUAGUGAACCGAAGCCCCGCACUGCACUCUCCUCUUCUAGUGUCAGUGGGGACUAUUCUGAGAGCUUGCCCUCCCCUGCCACCAGCGGUGCUUCGCCGCUGACACCCACUUUGCCAAUUCAUCGUUUCUCGCCGCUUCCUUCUCCGAAGCCACCCCCAAGAGGGCCCCCGCCUGCCAUCCCCGAAGACCAGAAGCAGCACACCCGCCGUCGCACAGAUAGCAGCGAGGCUAUCCUGCUCGAUGAUGGCGGCGAGUUAAAACGCAACAACGGUAUUCCUCUCUGGUCUUUCGACUUUGAUUGGAAGCAAGAAAGCGCCAAUAUCGCUUCUGUGCACUGA